AUGCCAUGUUUGUCGUUCGAAAACGGUAAGGCAUCGGAUGAAGAGGUGCUUGUCUCCAGACUCAUCGAAAAGGCCGUCAGAAGAUCAAAUGCUUUAGAUCUCGAGAGCUUGUGUAUUGUGGCAGGUGAGAAGGUCUGGAACAUUAGGGCGGAUAUCAACUUCAUCGCAGAUGAUGGUGGUCUCAUCGAUGCAUCCUGCUUAGGAGUUAUGACAGCACUACAACAUUUCAGGAAACCUGACAUCUCCAUUCGAGGAACUGAGGUGAUCAUUCACAGUACAGAAACACAUCAGCCUACGCCAUUGAGUAUAUUGCAUAUCCCGCUUUGUACGACCUAUUCCUUUUUCAAUCCCCUUGGUGACGCAGAAAACAUCAAGGGUGACUCAACCAGCGAGAUUGCCAUUUUGGAUGCUGAUAAAGCCGAGGAAUUGCUUAGAGAUGGCUCUUUAGUUUUCACCAUGAAUAUGAAUCGUGAAUUGAUUCAAAUAUCGAAAAAUGGCGGACUUCCAAUUGAUGGAAGAGUGCUAUUAGAAUUAGCAAGGGAUGGUCUAUCUUCUAUCGAUAAGCUCACAAAAUUAAUGAAAGAUGCAUUGAACAAAAAUUUCGAGACCAGAUAUCGUUCCGAAGGACUUCAAUUGUUGGAAGUCGGCGCAAAGCGUUAA